GGCGGGUGUAGAAGCCGGCAUUGUCCCACUAGUAGGAAGCACGACAGGUGGCUCUACCUGUAUUUGGCUGAAGCAUGAGUCUGCGAUAUCCAAUCUCGCGCAUCCGCCACUUCAGAUGUCAGCUACGGGAGCUUCUUGCGGCGGUAGCGGGGCCAUCGAUACGGAUAUUUGACGCCGGGACUGGGUCCCUGCUGUCGAGCUGGCCCCCUGCUUCUUAUAUGCGGCCACUGGACUCCGAGAUAUCACCCGAUCGAGCUUCCAGUGCUGGUACCUGUGCAGAACCACCUGAGAAAAGGAGGAAAUUAACCCCUCCUGUCGACGAAAGCGGGGAAGCCCAAACCGAGCAGAGCGCGAAGGCUAAAGCUAGAAAAUCUCAGACUGCGGAGCAAGCAUGGUCAACAAUUCCCAUUCUUGUCAUAUCAGGGACUGGAGACCAUAUUGUUGCCGUGACAGGAGAGGACAAGUGUCUACGGGUUUUUGAAGUCAAGCAGGAUGGAAAGCUCACCCAAUUGACAGAGCGAUGCAUACCAAAGCGGCCCUGUGCAAUUUCAUUGACCCCGGACAAUAAUACAAUCCUGUGCGGAGAUAAAUUCGGCGAUGUUUACUCUCUACCUUUGCUCCCCAGAGACGAAGUUGUUUUGCCAUUGAGAAAAGCGGCAGAAUCUUCGAAACCUUUCCAGCCAUCUGCCACCAAGCUUACCGUCCACACACAAAGAAACUUGAAGGCCCUUGAGCAACAGCUCCGCACUCCCCGUGCCGCCCAGGAAAAGUUGGAGCCUUCGUUUCAGCACAGGCUUUUACUCGGCCAUGUGUCCAUGCUCACUGAUCUCAUUCUCGCACCCGUACCAUCCGACUCUUCCACCAGCCCUCGUUUGUAUAUCAUCACCUCGGACCGUGAUGAGCACAUUCGUGUCUCCCGAGGACCUUCCCAGGCUCAUAUUAUACACGGUUAUUGCCUAGGGCAUACAUCUUUUGUGAGCAAGCUCUGCAUUCCGCCCUGGGACCCUAGGUCCCUGAUAUCUGGUGGCGGCGAUAAUUGUAUUAUCUGUUGGGAUUGGCUGGCUGGGCGUGUCGCACAGACCAUUCCAUUGGUGCACGAUGGUGACGUUGCGGAAAGCACAAAGGCUCAACCGCCCCAAUCCGAUGCACCUGAUAUAGCAGUCUCAGGUAUCUAUGCGAUACCUUUCUCUGGGAAUCCUGGUCUCACCGAGCACGCCAGCGGGGGAAUUUUGGUUGCUCUGGAGGGUGUUUCGAGGCUAUUAGCGUUCAGCUUUGGCACGAAUGGUCGCCUUACUGCCCUUGCUCCCAUUGAAUUAUCCGGAAACGCCCUUGAUGUUGUAGCUCUCGAUGACAGGGGCACCAUUCUAGUCUCCGUUGAUAACGUCCAUAAACCUGGAUCGACUAAGGAGCUGAGAGACUCUGCUAUCGGCCCCAAACUUCUUCAAUGCUUUUCUGCGAGAAGUGACGGAGGUCUAAAAUGGGAAGAAAGCUCCACGCAGGCAGCAACCACAAUCAAUAGCCGUGAAGCCGUAGACAUUAUUGCUGAGACUGAAAGCCGAAAGCAAGUACAAAAGAUUUCCGACUCCCUGUACGGAAUAGGGAAUUUGAGGAAGUGGGCGCGGGGUGAAGACGGAUAA